UAUACGUUGUUAAAGUAACGUAUUGCGUCCUACAAAUAACCCUUCUAUUUAUAUUUAUUUGAACAUUUAGUGUGUAAAAUUGAAGAAUUUUGAGGUUAUAUUGACAAUCUAUGAUGGUCGUGUAACAAAAGGGCUCUAAUGCAUCGGCGUUAUCGUAGAAACUUCAAUUUCUGUAUUCAAGCAAUUUCAUUGAAUUUGUACAUAAUAUAUACGAUUCAAAAAUUUUCCUCUUAUUGGUUUAAAAGUAUAAAGAUAUAUUAAAUGUACAUUGGUAUGCAAUUUAACGCAUUUGCUCCGCCACAUUUGUUACUACGAAUUUUUAGCCACCCCUUCUACGGCCCCUAUUUACGAUCGCAUCAUACUUACGUGACAUGAUUAUUAAUAUUCUUUAACUGAUAAUUUUGUUCUUCUUGCUCAUUAAACUUAAUAAUGAACAAUAUAUUCUCUUUUUUAUUUUAAAGUUAUAAAAUGACAGAAGGUGGUGCAACUAGAAUGAAGCGCAAUGGCGCUCGUUUGUUUAAAAAUCCUCCUCAGCCACAUAUGUGUAUACAAGACUUCAUACAGGGCACUGCUGUCCCAUGUUAUGUAAAUGUUUUAUCAUGGGAAAAAAUUGCAAUGCCAUUGAAACCUUCACAGCCUGUACCAUUUUAUGGUGGAAUGAGAGUCCGACCACCACGUACAAAAACAGAAGCUGUAAUAUUUGCAGUAAUGGCUAAUCCAGAAGUUCUUCGAAUUAGUGGUAAAAACGCUCAAGAUCCAAAGAAGCGUACCAGUUUAAUAGAACUUUUACUAGAUUUUGUGGAAAGGAUGAAUGCAGGUGUAAUUUUUAUGCGACAAUAUACAAUAUUGAAAGAUCGGGAUAUUACUGGUGAAUUAAAAGAAGUUUGGAAUGCAGUACAAGCAAGGCGAGAUAUGGAGCAACCUCCUCCGCAGCAAGAAACUUGGAUCGACGCGCAGCCACCUGUUCCUCAGUAUCCUCAGUAUCAAGAUCAUCAACAACAAGAUUACACAUCACAACCUCCACAAUAUCAUUCAAGUAUAGCAUAUGGUAGGGUAAUGAGUAAUGAAGGUAUGCAUUAUGAAAGCUAUGGUCAUCAACCUCAAAAUCCAGUUAUUUCACAAAACGAUCAAUUAUAUCAAUCCGGGCAAUUAGUACCACAACAGUAUCAUGGAAACGUUCCUCGGAUUACACCAAUCGCUUCUAGAGAUCGUAGAGAUAAUAUAGUACAGAAUAUUCCUCAACAAAACUGCCCUGCAUAUCCAUCCCAACAGUAUCAAUUUCAACAAUUGCCUAGGCAAAUGGUACCUCAAUAUGUAAAUUCAAAUGUUCAUCAUAAUGCCAGUCUUAAUUAUGGGCCAACUACAAACUCUAACGUUAAUCCAGCUAUGAAUACGAAUUUAGCACCACCUUUUCAACCAUAUAUAACUUAUCAACAGCGAAUUGAUAAUGCAAUGCAUAUUGAUAUGCGCAGAAUGCAACCACAACAGCAACAAAUACAUUUAAAUCACGUACAACCUGUUCCACAAUAUGAACCAGCAACACCAUAUAAUGUUCAAACAAAUUCGUCGAUUAACGUUCUUACAAUUAGAGUAGGUAGACCACAUAUGGGUGUUGCUCAGAAGAACAAUGCUAGUAAAAGACAAAUGAAUUCUCCUACUCAUUCAAAACAAUCUUCUUGUACAAAUUGCCAGAACAAAGAUAUGUCUGAUAAUGGCACGAAACCGAAAAGUCCUGUUAAAGUUUUACAACGGGAAUUGCCAUCGAAUGAUCGACAAGAUAUAAAUAAUCAUAUACUCACUACUAAUAAUAAAAUAAGUAUUGAAAAAAAUUCUAUUGAAGAAACAAAGAAUGUGCAAAUCACUGAUUUAGAUGAAGAAGUCAAAAAAACUGAUACUUCUAAUAGUGAAACGCCUGAAUUAUCUAGAAAACCAAAUGAUACUCAUACUUUAGACUCAACGUUAGCAAAUACAGAACGAGAUGCAAUGAGUUUUAUUGACGACAACACUUGUUUCGAAGAGAAACAACAAGAAGUAAAAAAUACGGAUAUUCCAAAUGGCCAAAAUUUAUCUGAUCAAAAGCAUUCAAAGUCAAAAGCGAUUGUAAUGAAAGGAAACAAACACAAGGAAAAUACGGAAAAUAAUAGAACAAUUCGUAUUAGAUUUGUUUCUGAUCAGAAAAACGAUAGUCCGAAACGUUCUCAAACAGUUAAUAAUAUUAUCAAGAGCGUUUUUAAAAUUCAUCCAGGUAUGUCUGCUGAAGAAACGUCAAGUAAACGAAAAACUAAUGGCCAAGCUAAAAAUAAUUCUAAGAUUAAUGGUGAAAACGAAGAGAUACAGCAAGGAUAUACAAUAUUAAAAAAAACAGAGUCUACUACUCAGGAAGAAAUAGUGAGCGAAUUAGCUCAGUUAUCCAUUCAAGACUGCAAAGAUGCGACCGAAGUUAGUCCCGUGCUCUCGUGAUAGCCUAGUUUGUAGCUGGUACCAAGUACUAGCUUGCAAAUAAAGAGCAGUGAAUACAAUGUAAAUAGAUAGAACAUUAAUCAAUAAAAAAAAGUCAGAAAAACAAAUCUUAAAGAGGGGGACAUAAAACAAUAGAAAUGAAUACAAUCGUACCAAAAUAUCAGGACGUGCUUUUGCUGACGGCCAUUUAUUUUUUGACGAAUCCAUUCGUCUUCCUUGACAUAACUUUGACAAGACGGAUCAUAAUGAAGAGUUAUUCAAAUGAAAAAACUGCAAAACUGAAUAUUUUAAACUGAAUAAAAAAAAUAUUUAUUUUCUGUGAAUAUAUGCAGAUAAACGAUAUAAAAAAACUUUUAAAAAGAGAUCUUAAUAAGAUUGUUACUAAGAAAUAAGAAGAAUUUCAUUAAAUGUUAAACGAAUUGAACAAAUGUUCACAAUUCGAGUUAAAAUAAUAAUAUGAAUUAUAUAUUAAUAUGUGUUUAUUCAUCAAGAUCCGUCAUACAAUUUAGCUUCCAGUAAUGUCUAUUAAUAGUCUUUGAAAGAAAAAAUUGAAUAAAUGAAAUAGUGAUACGCUAUUAUAGCGAAAUUAUAAUACAUCAUCAAUAUGAAUGCAAGGAAACUCGAUUUUGGAUUUUGAAUAGAUACACGUCCGGAAUGAUAAAAAAUCGGUUAUGAAGGAAGAAAACUGAUUAAUACAUCUGGUAUUUCAGUAACAUAUAAUUUAACGUAAAAUAUUAAGUCGUUCUCGUAGAUUAAAUCGAGAAAACAAUUUCACAAUGGAAUAAGAGCUGGUCAUCGCGUACUUAUCUUCCAACCAUGCAGUUAGUGGAAUUACUUUUGGAAUUAUACCGAGUGGGACAAAUCGAAUAUUUAAUACCAUAUUAUGAAUCAUAAUAAAUAUUAGAUUUUCUAGAAUAGUUAUUAAGGAUUGAAUUCGAAUUCUUAUCUACGCAUUAAUAUUCUGUAUGAUUCUCUAUAUUUUUUGCUUAUUUUAUUUUUCAUACUCGUACAUAAGAUCUUGCGCAUAGAAAAGGAUUUCAAACAUUGUAUUUUGAAAUCCAAAAACAUAAAAAAAAAAAAAUUUGUUCACUCGGUAUAUUCUUUGAUAGAACCUACAUUCUAAUGCAUAGUUUAUUAGUUGAAAAAUACACAGGGCUGCCAAAUCUCCGUAAAUCAUAUCAAAAUAUUUAGAGAAAUAUUACAUAAAUAAUUUAUUAAUUGACCAACUGUUUUUCAUUAAUUUGUACGCGCUGUUCUAUCGCAAUUUUUAGUUUGCCUCAGAGGCUCUCAAUGAUUUGUUAAAAAGAAGAAAACGGUUCAUUUUGUCGAUAUUAUGUAUCAAUAAUAAAGAUUGGACAGUCAAUUAAUAAGCUUGGCUUCGUUCACAACGUGCACGAAUUAUAUCUGUGCAUUAGUUGAACAUCGAAUUAACUGAGGCCUCUGUAAAUUUGACGUGCCGUUUUGCAUUCUAAAUAUUAUAAAGUACUGCUGCCACGCGAAACGACAUCGUCACUUAUCAAUUUAUUUAGCAUUAUUAAACCACUGUCAUGCGUUCUCGUAACGCGAAUUGCAUGUUUUGAUAUUUUAAAAGGAUAUAUUCUAUAAUUCAUUUACAAUCAAUACAAUGAUCAAAACUUUUUGAAAUGAAACCAAAACAAAAAAAAGAGAAGAAACCAUAAAAAUUACAAACAAUGUUAGCGUGAUCUGUCCAUUGAGCUAAUUAACCUCAAUAUUUGUUUUGAUCAUUUUCCCGAUUUUUUUUUUUUUUUUUUUUU